AUGGUAACUCUUCACUGGCUUUUGUCUCUACCUUCGAAGUUCCUUCGAGAAUUUGAGAUGUGCGACGAAUAUAGCCAAGGAGACAAAAGCCAUUGGAGUGCCACUGGACUCGCCAGUGUAGACGAGAACGGGCUUGCCAUAUUCCGACAGCGCUAUGAAGCUCAAAAGUGCCGCGAGAGCAGCAAUGACAAAACAUGGUACUGGGCGACCACUACCAUCCCGUACGAGCAGAGCAUGAGGUGCUUUAUUCUCUUGAAGAUCAUCCGAUAUCUGGACUGGGAUGAGAAAAGAUUUCCGAACUCUUCAGUCAUGCAACGGCAUCCAAACUUACACAGGCAACUCACCUUCCAGGCCGCCUUCCUUCACGAUGUUAUGAAGAAUUCAUGGAGCGUGGAUCUCUAUGAGGGUGGUGCUGAAUGGAAAGUUCGCGUGUGGAGACUCAAUGUGUGGCCCUCGCUCACUCUCUCCAGGGUCAAUAAGAACAGCAUUACGAACCAUCUUUAUAACGCCAACAACGCCCAAAUUUCAACCUAUCUUCAAGUCGACCUCGCCCCUACGACAUCACAGAAUCAUGCUCAUCUCGCCGACUUUAACGACCCCGACUUCAUACGACCAACCUCGGAGGGUCUUCAGUGGAUGGAACAAUCUCAGCUCCUCACCAAUGACUCCUUGUACGUGGACGGGAAACGCUCCCGCUUUGUACAAGCCUCACCGGACGAAUGGCCAACAGUUCUCUGCGAUGCGACUGUGAGGACUCUCUUUACUUACAACCAACUGGCUGGUAUACAAGCUUUACGUUACUUAUCCCGCGCCAAUGAAGACCUGUCCAUUCUAGGUCAGUGUCACGGAAUUAUACGGAACCUGAUUAUGUCCACCUACGACGGGAGACUAGGGUUGAACGGCAUCAUCCAGGACCAUUGCGACCGUUUCAGUAAUUGUACACAAGACAUGCAAAUCUUCAAAGGCCUUCCUUUCCUCGAUAUCAAGGGUUUUUGUGAAAAACUGGACUAUGUAGGGCCAGAUGUCCAAGCCUCUCAUCGCAAGAACUGUUCAAGCUACCGAGAAUGGAUCAGACGGAACGCAGCUGCCGCCCAUGGAACAGUCAAUCAACUUGGAGAUUUUGGCUCUUACUGGGGUUCAGACCCAUUGAACCACGUCGAGCAGGUUCGAUCUAUUGAAACGCAAGUUGCAGGACCAUCUGUUAUGCUCAUUUCGGCGUGGUUUGAGAAGAACUUCUAA